CCUAAGACAUUCUGUCAACCCUCGUGUCAUCUUUUUACCUGUUCAUACAGUGAUAUUGGACUUUAAGUAAUUUAUUUUUCAAUUAUUUCAGUGAAAAGUGCAUGAUAAUAAUACUACAUUGAUUAAUUAAUGUAAUGAACGAAUAAGUUAUAGAAAAAGUUAAUAAAUUGGUGACAUUUUGUGUUUUUUUUUAUUUAAAAAAAUGAACUGAUGAUAAAAAAUAUGGCUGCGAUGCAUUACAAUACAACAAUGGUUGCUGAAGACAUUCAUUCACGACAUCCACGACACUCUUUUGGAUUAGAUGAACCAGGAGCAUCACCAAGUUCUGAAGAAGCUAGAUCUCCAGCUGCUGGUUCACCAGUCGGCUACAAUAACACUAAUGAAUCUCGACGAGAUUCAGAUACCGAUACUUCAAGUGCUAGGAUUCUUAAUUAUGACUCUUUCAAAUUUGGUCCUGAAGAAAAUAUAAGAAAUCUCUUUAGAGAUGAUACCAGAGCUGAUUGUCAUCAGUUACCCUCGAAACGUUUUCGUGAAAAUGACGAUCGUAUCUGUAGUGAAACUGGAGUUUGUGCUUCUCCAGAAGGUAAUGAAAGCAACAAUGAUCCUUCAGGAAGACAGAGAAAUGCACCAGGUAAAACUUCCUUUUGUAUUGAUGCUCUACUUGGAAGAGCGACAGGUAAUCAACGACAAGUAGACAAUUUAGAAGCAUCACCUCCUAGAAUAUUAGAUUCUAGGAGAGAAAGAGAUGAUGAUCAAGAGGGUCAUGGAGUUGAAUCAUUAUUAUUACCACCUUCCAGAAGGACUUCGAAUUCGUCAAUGAAUUCCUUACAUCCUUUUGUGCCUCGAUCUGAUAGAAAUCCUCCUGGUUUAGGUCCCACUCAUAGUAUGAGGAUGAUUCAUGCUUUACGAGAUGCAAAUAACAUCCGGUUAUCAUCAUAUGACAGUUUUCCUGCUAAUGUUGAAGAACCGACGGACCAAGUGUCGAGAUAUGUUGAUCGAAGUACUGAGGAUAAUCCUGAAGAUGAUGCGACAACAGAUGUAGAUGUUGAGGAGAUGAAAGAUGAUGAGAAUGCAAGAAGAACCAGUAGUGCUAGUCCAGGAAGUAAUGCUAGUCAUAGUCCAGUAUCAAGCCCACCAAUUUCACCAGGAUCUGAAGACUUGGCCUCCAAUCCUCUAGCUAAUUCAGGAAUACCUAGUUUCCCUGGACAUUCAGGACAUAGAACUGAUGUGUCUUGCAUGGGACCUUAUAGUCUAGGUACUUCUGGAGUCAAUGUGGCUGUUGCCAUGAGACAAGGUCAACAAGGUCUUCUUUUACAUUCCGGUGGUCCAUUAAUUCAUCCUUCCGGGUUGUAUUAUCACCCAGCUGGAUCUUCGAGUGCUUUUCAUUCGAUACAUAAAGAUGCUCAAUCGUUGGGACAUCCAAGACCUGGAACCGGCGGCUCUGGAACUACCUCCGCUCCGCCGCAUCCUCAACAACCUCAACAACAACCUCAUCAUAUUCACCCACUUCAACUUGAAUGGCUUGCUAGAACUGGAAUGCUUUACCCUCGGUUACCAACUGAUUUAGCUGGGUGUGCAGCUCAACAUGCACUUCUUGGGAAAACAAGACGACCACGAACAGCAUUUACAUCUCAACAACUACUUGAGUUGGAAAAACAAUUUCGACAAAAUAAAUAUCUCAGUAGACCCAAGAGAUUUGAAGUUGCUACUUCGCUCAUGUUGACUGAAACACAGGUGAAAAUAUGGUUUCAAAAUCGACGAAUGAAAUGGAAAAGGAGCAAAAAAGCUCAACAAGAAGCACGGACAACCAGUAAAACUGAGGAAUCACCGGGUACUACAACUGCACCAAGUGCAAGUCGAAUAACUACAACAAAUGAGCGUGAAGCAACUGCGAAUAACUGCACUAGUGAAAUUAGUACUGCCUCUAGUGCAAGUUCAACAACCUCAAAUUCAGGGGUUACUGGACCACAAGCUGAUGAAACUAGAGGAAAUUCUCAUGAAAAUCAUCCGAGACUUUUAAGUGAACUUCGUGAACCUCUUUAUAGGCCUUACGUUGUUUGAAUAAACUUCCUCAUUUCGUUACACCAAACUGUCGAUUUACUAAAUCUAAACCUUGUAAUAUAAAUAUUAUUAGUUUUUCGUGUUUUAGACAGACUAUU